AUGGCUGAUCCGUGCCGGGGCUGCGCUCGCCGCUUUCACAACCCCCAGCCAAUGGCCGCCCUCCCCCCCACCGCCACCGCCCGGCCGGGGACUAAAGUCCUUCCCACGGCCAUAAAACCCCCGAGCAGCGACAGCGCCGCCGGGAAGCGUCCGAGGAUGGGGACCCGCUCGGGAGACCUGGCUCAGCCCCAGAAUGGGAACUUGGCUCUGGGCCCCGCGGGCUCCCCGCACGCCCCUGGGAAGGAGCUGCCUGUGGCGGGCAGGCAGGAGCCCGGGACGGGCACCAGGCCCCCCCGGCCGGAGGUGGACAUGCUCUACAAGAUCGAGGACGUGCCCCCCUGGUACCUCUGCAUCCUGCUCGGCUUCCAGCACUACCUGACGUGCUUCAGCGGCACCAUCGCCGUGCCCUUCCUGCUGGCCGAGAGCCUGUGCGUGGGCAAGGACCAGCUCACCGUCAGCUACCUCAUCGGCACCAUCUUCACCUGCGUGGGCAUCACCACCCUCAUCCAGACCACCGUGGGCAUCAGGCUGCCGCUCUUCCAGGCCAGCGCCCUGGCCUUCCUCGUGCCCGCCAAGUCCAUCCUGGCCCUGGACAAGUGGCGAUGCCCACCUGAAGAGGAGAUCUACGGCAACUGGUCCCUGCCGCUCAACACGUCGCACAUCUGGCAGCCCCGCAUGCGAGAGAUCCAGGGGGCCAUCAUAGUGUCCAGCCUGGUGGAAGUGCUCAUCGGGCUGCUGGGGCUCCCCGGGGCACUGCUCAGCUACAUCGGGCCGCUGACCGUCACCCCCACCGUGUCCCUCAUCGGACUCUCCGUGUUCCAGGCGGCCGGUGACCGGGCUGGCUCCCACUGGGGCAUCUCUGUGCUGACCAUCUUCCUGAUUGUCCUGUUUGCCCAGUACCUGCGGCAGGUCGCCAUCUGCCUGCCUGGCUACCGGCGGGGCCGCGGCUUUGUCCUGCUCCGCGUCCAGAUCUUCAAGACGUUCCCGAUCAUCCUGGCCAUCAUGCUGGUGUGGCUCAUCUGCUACGUGCUGACCCGCACCGGAGUGUUCCCCAGCCGGCCCGACGAGUACGGCUACAAGGCCAGGACGGACGCCCGCGGGGAGAUCCUGUCCGUGGCACCCUGGUUCCGUGUCCCCUACCCCUGCCAGUGGGGGCUGCCCACGGUGACCUCGGCAGCCGUGCUGGGCAUGUUCAGUGCCACGCUGGCGGGCAUCAUCGAGUCCAUCGGGGACUACUACUCCUGUGCCCGGCUGGCAGGAGCACCGCCGCCCCCGGUGCACGCCAUCAACAGGUACAGCCGGCUGCUCCCCCCUCCACGGCACCUCACUCGCACCGCAGCAUCUCUGGACACCGGUCAGGGAGGCUAGGACAGUGGGAUGGGCACCAGCCCCGCCGUGUUGUUCCGCAGGGGCAUUUUCACCGAGGGCAUCUCCUGCAUCAUCGCGGGGCUCUUGGGAACCGGCAAUGGCUCCACGUCCUCCAGCCCCAACAUCGGCGUCCUGGGCAUCACCAAGGUGGGGAGCAGGAGGGUGAUCCAGUACGGCGCCGGGAUCAUGCUCCUGCUGGGCACCAUCGGCAAAUUCACGGCGCUCUUCGCCUCCCUGCCCGACCCCGUGCUCGGCGGGAUGUUCUGCACCUUGUUCGGAAUGAUCACGGCCGUCGGCCUCUCCAACCUGCAGUUCGUCGACAUGAACUCCUCCCGAAACCUCUUCGUGCUGGGCUUUGCCAUGUUUUUCGGGCUGGUGCUGCCGAACUACCUGGAUUCCCACCCCGGGGCCAUUAACACAGGUGUCCCCGAGCUGGACCAGAUCCUGACGGUGCUGCUGACCACGGAGAUGUUCGUUGGGGGCACUCUUGCCUUCAUCCUGGACAACACCAUCCCGGGGACCCAGGAGGAACGAGGGCUGAUGCAGUGGAAGGCAGGAGCGCACUCGGACAGCUCGAACAGCGCCAGCCUGAGGAGCUACGACUUCCCCUUCGGCAUGGGCGCGGUGCGGAGCAGCCGCUGGCUCCGGAACGUGCCCAUCUGCCCGGUGUUCACCGGGUUCCGGGCCCGGCCGGGCGGCAGCGGCUCGGUGGCCGCAGAGGGCCCGGACGGGGGCUCGGUGUGCACCAAGGUCUGA